CGAUCUUCGCCACCGCGAGACAGUUAACGAGUUGCGUGCAAACAUACACACCGACAGUGUAACAAAUAUUGUGUAUACGAAACUUAAGUAAUGGAUAUGAAAAUAAUAUUUGUAAUUAUCGCUACCUCUGUUGCCGGUGCAUACGGAGAAGCACCGACAAACUACGAUUUGAGCAGAAACAAAGUUGGCGGCAGUGAAUUUAAUGGUUUCGGAUUAAGCGAUAUACUCCACUAUUUAUUAGGAGGCUACGGUCACUACCAACCUGGACACUAUCCGUACCCGAGCGGGCCGGGGUACGGGGGCAAUCCAGGGUACUACCCCAACCAAGGGCUGCAAGGACCUCCGGGGGCGCACCCGGGCUGCCCUCUAUGCGAUUCGUCGGUGUACAGCUAUUGUUCGAAGAAGCAGGCCCAUGAUGCCUGCUGUUGUGGAAAUGGAUUUAACUCACCUUAUUGCUACAAAACGAACUGCAAAUUCCUGUACGCGAACACGUGUGACGAACACUACCUCAUCUCAAACUGCUGCUGCGUGGACCUGUACAAAGAUGGCGGCCAAAUUCAACCUGUCGCGAUCGCCGCAUAAUAACUAAAUUUCUAAUUUUAUCUGAGGUUUCAUUAGUGAUGUAUCGAAUAGUAUUUAAAUUUAAAGUCUGACCAAAAGUAUAUGAGAUUUAACUAGGGGACGCCACUUUCGUUCAUGUAAGAAAAAGGUAGUUAAAGUUAGAGAAAAUAAUAAAAUCAUUAAGUAUAAUAAAUAAUUGAGAUACAUUUGCUAUUAUUUCUAUGCUAAUUAUCUUCUUAAAAUCUAUCCUUUUUUUUACUGUACAAUAAAGUUUUUUUAUGAAUUUUAAUGGUAUGGUGCACUUAUCUGCGCUAAACGCUUACGCUGGUAAGGCACGAUGGAGGCUAGCCCAUCGUGACAAAUUUACCAGGAAUUUAUGGCAAUGGUUUCCAGGGAGAACCACGUGGAGGUCAAACUGACAGUACAUAGCUAACAAAGGUGUCAUUAGCACACAUUGCUAUCAUCUUCUCCUCACAAUAAAGUGUUAUACGCAAACAUCUUUGGGGAAGAAACAUUAUGUUAUAGAAUUUAAAAUAUACGGUG